AUGGACAACUAUAUAGCCCUCGGGGCUAUUCGUCUGGUCCAAGCACCUGACUAUGAGGAUGAUUCCCGCUGGCUCAUGGUGGGUUCAGACCAGAAUGUUCCGCAUCCGCAUCCGCUGCUCUCUCAAGGCGAGAAGCGGCAAUGGAUCCAGACUGAACUUCUUCACCACAAAAGCUUCAGUAACCGCGCCUCCUUGAGGAUCUACGCCUUCCCCGAAGGUAUCAAGCAGAGCACGAGAGGCUGGCUGAAGGAUUCUAGGAAAAUCCUCAAAUAUCUCUCAGCCUUCAUUGACAUUUCCCCCGAUGUAUGGGAGGGCAAUUAUGACGCAGAAUCUCCUAUUCGCACAUACCUUGCGCCCGCAGCGUCACAAGAAGAGUCACUCUUCUACAUCUUUAAUACGCUUUCAUCACCUCGACCAUCUGCCGAUAGCGCUGGACAUUGCCCCCACAGCCAACAAGCCAUGGCUGCUAUAUUUGAGGACGACAUCCCUGGACUCAAAACGUCCCUGUACCCGUACCAAAAACGCUCGGUUGCUGCUAUGCUGCAAAAAGAAGCAAACCCAGCCAACUCACUUGACCCCCGAAAGCCACAGUUUCGAGACAUGCGGGGGAGAAGCUUCUACUUUGACGUGCUCGAAGGGGUGCUACUUCCUCAUCCAUACCUCUACAGUGAGCCGCGAGGCGGGAUCCUGGCGGAGACCAUGGGCUACGGGAAGACCCUCAUAUGCAUCGCUCUCAUUCUGGCGACCAGGGGCCAUUACCCUCAGAUACCAGAAGGCAGACUUGACGCGUUUGUCGACCAUCAGAAUCGUCAAACUCCAAGUCUGCUGGAUAUGGCUGCCAAGUCGUUGAAACGAGCGGCCAUUCCGUGGAAAGGGUACUUUGCCAGCUUCGAGAAUGAGGGAUACAGCUUUGAACGAUGCAUCGAGGCCAUCGAUAAGUAUGAUGCAGAGUAUGCAGAGCCCAUUUAUCAGCCCACAACGCCAAACCGCGCAGGCAAGAAACGAGAAGAGUUUCGAGUUUUGCGCUUGUGCUACGCGACGCUCCUUAUCGUCCCUCCCAAUCUUCUUGUGCAGUGGCAGCACGAGAUCGAGAAACAUACGGAGCCCGGAGCCCUUGACACUCUCGUGCUCGACUCCUCGACGAAAGAGAUUCCUCAUUACCGGGAACUGAUGAAAUACGACAUUGUGCUUAUCACAAAGUCUCGCUUCGAGCAAGAGUAUCGCGACGAUGAUCAGAAUCAAGGCCGGCGCAUGAUCGACCAGGAGAGAUUCCAGUCUCAGCUGAUCGCGGUCCGCUGGUUGCGAGUGAUCUGCGACGAAGGUCAUGGCUUCGCUGGAGCGAGUUAUCGCACGAACGCAAUGGCGAUGCUUGACAAAAUGUCGAUCGAAAGACGCUGGGUGGUCUCGGGAACGCCAUCCCACACUCUUCACGGUGUGGAGGUGAAUCUUGCCAUCAACGAUGUCAAUCCAGACGGCGAUUCAUCGCGUGCAGACUCCAUCCAUGAGGCCUUGAUGCGGCGGAAGCCCAAAGACUCGGCCACAGAGGAGAUGAAAGACAUGGAGAGAUUGCGUGUCAUGGUGGUGAAAUUCUUGAAACUACAGCCCUGGGCGAACCAGAAAGGAGCCGACUACGCCGACUGGAAGAAGUACCUGGCACCGUUCGACGGCUCCGGCAAAAGACGAUUCGCCCCAGCUCUGCGGGUGAUACUACAGUCGCUCAUCAUCCGCCACCGCAUCGAGGACAUCGACAGCGAUCUUUGCCUCCCUCCCCUGUACAACACAGCCGUUCACCUGGAGCCAAGCUAUUACGACAAGCUCAACAUGAACCUGUUCCGGCUGAUACUCACUUCCAAUGCCAUCACCUCCGAACGGGUCGACGAGGACUACAUGUUCCACCCCAAGAAUCGCAAAUACCUGGACGAACUCAUCUCCAAUCUCCGACGCGCAAGCUUUCACUGGAUCGCCUUUACUCAUGAAAAUGUCUCGCAGACUUUACGGGUGAGCCACGCUUACCUAGAUGAGAAUAUCAACAAGCUCUCUCAGGACGAUGUUCGGGCCCUCACCGAGGCAAUCGAGAACGGCGAGCGCGCCCUCAACGAUCCGGGCUGGCGUGCCUUUUCAACUCUCCAUGAAAUUGGUGUGUACGUCCAAGGCUUCCCCGACCACGCAGCCCAGGCAUGGGCGUUGCACGGCGAACAAUCAGAUCCUCUACUCUUGGGCGUAGUCGAAGCGCGAGAAGCGCAACAACAUGUAUGGAAGCACUUGAGUAACGACACUGCCGACGCCGACCCUGCGGCCGGCUUGACCGGUGCAGGUCUGCGAGCCAUGCAGGCUGCAAGAGCACGCGCUGCCGAAGAGCAAAAGACAAAACGCGAAGAUACCUUCAACACCACCGGCAGCAAGGCUGCGACAGCCAGCGCAGGCAAUGAGCCGAAAGUCAAGAGUCAAUCGACUUACUCGUCAAAUCCACUCUCGUCACCAUCAGCCAUUCGGACUUCGACCAAGCCUGACGAGACCCCGUCCAACCAUCUUCAGCCAUCCUCAUCACCGGUCCCCAAGCGGCAGCUGCCAGUAGUGGCCGAUCAAUCAGCCAACAAUGCGCUGCCAGCAUCGCUGACUCGGACCAGAGUCCUCGGCUUCACGUCGGCGAAACUGAACUACCUCUGCUCGCGCAUCCUGACGCUGCACACGAAGGAGAAAAUCAUCAUCUUCUACGACUCGAACAACAUCGCAUUUUGGAUCGCCGAGGCACUCGAGCUCUUGUCCAUCCAGUUCCUCAUCUACUCCAACACGCUAUCGGUCAGCCGGCGCGCCGCGUACCUGGCGACUUUCAACCAGUCGGACGUGUUCCGCGUGCUGCUGAUGGAUCUGAAACAGGCCGCGCAUGGCCUGCACGUGGCUUCCGCCAGCCGGGUCUUCAUCGUCUCGCCCAUCUGGCAGCCCGGCGUGGAGUCGCAGGCCAUCAAGCGAGCCCACAGGAUCGGCCAGACCCGCCCGGUGUACGUGGAGACGCUGGUGCUGAAGGGCACCCUGGAGGAAAAGAUCCUGCACCGCCGCCAGCAGAUGAGCAAUGCCGAGCUGGUCAAAGCCCAGAAAAGUCUGUUGGACGACGGCAUCAUGAGCGAGAUCAUCCGUGGAGAAGGCUUCCUGAAGAUCGCCCACGACGAGGACACCCAAUUCAAAGGCCGCAAGUUGGACGUGCCGGUGCCGGUGCUGUUGUUCGAGAAAAGGCCCGGCAGUGGAAGUGGAAGUGGAAGUGAAAGUGGCAGUGGAAAGAGUGAUGGUGGAGGUGAGGGUGGAAAGGCCCAGAAUGACGCCUUGAUUCAUGCCUGGGAGGACCAACACCGCCGUCUCGCGAAGAAGAGGAAAAGGGAAAAAAGUCCUGAUGCGAAUCCCGCCGCCACGUCGCUUGUCCUGGCCGGUGGAGAGUCGGCCAGGUUUUCUGCAACGCCCUCUCGGCCGUCGACGCCGGCUGCUCGAGCAGAGUCGGUGGCUUCGGUCGGCGUCACGCGAAGCGGGCCCUCGAGGCCAAAGAAGAGUGUGACGAUCAUGGUUGACAGCCCGUGA